AUGCCUUUACUUACAUUAAAAACUAACAGACAUUCUUCUGUGUUAUAUGAAUUUAAACCUAAUGAUGUUAUUAAUACCAUUAAGUCACAAAUUAGUCCUAAAGGAAUGAAUAAUUUUGAUCGGAUAAUUCUUUAUUUUCAUGAUAAACGCGUUGAUGGUUCAUUAACGUUUUCACAAGCAAAUAUUUUUUCUGGAUCAACACUUAUUUAUUUAAUUAAAGGAGAUGGGAAAACAAUGGACGAAAGUGAUAUGAUAAUUGAAAUGUUAGAUUUAGGAAUUCCUUAUCAUAAAGCAACUGUUGCUCUUUCAAAAUCAAAGAAUAACCUAAAGCAAGCAAUUCGCUUAGCACAAGAAGAAGAUAGUAGUCUUGAUGAUUCUUCAGUUUUUAGUGAUGAUGAAAGUCUAAGUGAAUUUAUACCAACACCUCAUGUUGAACAAGUGACAUCACAAUUCGAUUCAUCUAAUGAUUAUGCUGAAGAAGUUCUUUCUGAGAACUUUAAAUCAAAUGAAAGUGGAUUAAAUUGA